GUGGAACGCACAGCCUUUUUGGAAAGUGCGGAAGUAAGAACUACCGAUGGAAUGCAUAAGAGUGCGAGUUGGAACGCACGGCAGUAUAUGCUGAAACGCACCUCAUUUCCAGUUAUAUCAACAGAAACACAAGUAACAGAUGUGGAGAACGGAGGAAGAUUGUACCAGCACAACAGGUGA